AUGGCUGUAUCAACUUUAAAUAUGACUCCCUAUUUUGCUGGAUAUCCCUUUCAAGGACAAGGUCGUGUCAAUCAAUUGGGCGGUGUUUUCAUUAACGGCCGUCCCUUGCCCAAUCAUAUACGCCGUCAAAUUGUGGAAAUGGCAGCCGCCGGUGUGCGUCCCUGUGUGAUUUCCCGUCAAUUGCGCGUUUCCCAUGGCUGUGUUUCAAAGAUUUUGAAUCGUUAUCAGGAAACUGGCUCCAUACGUCCUGGCGUAAUUGGUGGCAGCAAGCCCCGUGUAGCCACUCCCGAUAUUGAGACCAAAAUUGAGGAAAUGAAACAGGAAAACCCCGGCAUCUUUAGCUGGGAGAUCCGCUCCAAAUUGAUUGAAUCUGGCAUGUGCGAUAAGAACACUGCUCCCUCGGUUAGCAGCAUUAGCCGUUUGUUGCGUGGUGGCCGUUCGGAAGGUGGCUUAAGUGGCCACUCUAUUGAUGGUAUUUUGGGUCCCAUGUCUGGCAAUUCGGGAGAUGAUAGUGAAGAUGACAGCGAACCUGGUGUUGAAUUGAAACGCAAGCAAAGACGUUCUCGCACCACCUUCAACAAUGAACAAAUCGAUGCUUUGGAACGUGUGUUUGCUCGCACUCAAUAUCCCGAUGUCUAUACGCGUGAAGAAUUGGCCCAAAGCACUGGCUUGACUGAGGCUAGAGUUCAAGUUUGGUUCUCCAACAGACGUGCCCGUCUACGCAAGCAAUUGAACACCCAACAAGUGCCUGCAUUUAGCUCUUCAGCUGCCUUCAAUACCUCCCCAUCAGCACAAUACUCCAGCCAUCAUAUGUCUUCAGCUGCCCACAAUAUGGGUUUGUACAGCCAAACUGCCGGUUCCUGGCCUUCAAUGGGCAGUGUCCAACAAGCCAAUGCCUAUGAACAAAAUCAUACUUAUUCCCAUUCUACUGGCUCUUUAGCCUCCAUGUCACCCAACAGCACCACCAGUUCCACAUCAGCAACUCAUUCGCCUCUGCAACAAAGUCCCAAUGCCACCAACGCCACCCCUACCUCCACCAACACCACCAGCAGCAGCAACCAUCAAAACUACAUUAACAGUUCCUCGUAUGCUCAUGCCAACCAAGCACCAAAUGCCGGCUCUUACACCAGCUCUGCCUACUCCUUGCCCAACACCACUUCUGCCUUCUCCGCUACUCCCGCUGAACAAUUGCGUUCUCAGUUUGCCUCUGCUGCUGGUGUAACAUCUCAUCAUCAUCAUCAUGCUCCUUCCUCCUGGGACAGCUAUAACUUUGCCAACUCCUUCUUUCCCUCUGGCAACAAUCACAUGAACUCCUAUCAUCAACCCAUUGUAGAUCCCAAAGCUUCGGCCUCUUCUUAUCCCUACUUUGGUUUCUAAUCACCUC